UGUUUUGCUAAUACGGUCUUCCUGGAGCCCAUCGACAGCAUCGAGCACAUCCCUCCUGCCCGCUGGAAGCUGACCUGCUACAUCUGUAAACAGCGCGGCUCUGGCGCCUGCAUCCAGUGCCACAAAGCCAACUGCUACACCGCCUUCCACGUCACCUGCGCUCAGCAGGCCGGCCUCUACAUGAAGAUGGAGCCUGUGCGCGAGACCGGCGCUAACGGGACUUCAUUUAGCGUGCGCAAAACAGCCUACUGCGACAUCCACACGCCGCCAGGCUCCGCCCAACCGCUGGGGGGUGUGGGAG